CUCUGCGUCAUAUCCUGGAAAUGAUACAAAGUUCAAAAGUGUGUAGUUUCAGAGAAAUGUUCUGAUAAAUACAUUGGAAUGAAUAAACAAUGACGAACAAGAUCAGUGUCUCGUCCUCUCAGCUCGUCUGGAGAGUUUGUAAUUUAUUCAUGUCACUGUUUUUCUCGUUGGCAACUUACGUGCAGAUAAAUGAUCCAGAUGCCGGUUUGUGGAUGGUUGGCUAUGCUAUUCCAGCUGGAUUAUGUUUUUCGAUUUGCUGUCAUCAACAAAUAACAGAGUCAUUAUUAUGGAGGAGAAUCGCGGAUCUGCAUGUGCUCAUAUCCUCUGCAUUUGGAGCCAUUCUUGGCUGGAAACUUUGUAAGGAGGGAAUUACAACAGACAUUUUUCAACAAGAAGAAGGAAGGGAAUGUUGUGGACUCCUGCUGGUGGUUUUCUGGCUUCUGCUGUGCAGACAUUCAGGAAGGAGUGCGGUCGGCUCGGUGAGGAUCUGCACUGCUGUGGGAAUCACUGUGUUUCCCUUCAUCACAUGGAUCUAUUACUACAUGAACACCGAGCUGAGGAAACACUGGCCUGAACACUGUAACACUGCUCUCUGAU